CUCUGCACCGCGCAACGACGGCUACCUUCCGCCAGAUUCUCGUCUGAUCGCCGUCGUGACCCCAGCGCUCCGUCGAGCUCCUGUGUCGAUUGCUUGGUUUCGGCCUCAGGCUCCGUCACCUCCCACGCACAGAACCCCGCAAUUCAGGCCCGAUGCCGCAAACACUGAGCACGAGGGAGGCCAACCUCUUCCGUACGGUCAUCCGUCACUAUGAGGACAAGCAGUACAAGCGCGGCUUGAAGGCCGCCGAGCAGAUUUUGAAGAAGAACCCGAAGCAUGGAGACACGAUGUCGAUGAAGGCCCUCAUCCUCAAUGCUCAGGGCAAGACAGAGGAGGCUUUUGCCCUUGCCAAGGAGGCGCUGACCAUUGAUAUGAAGUCGUACAUUUGCUGGCACGUCUACGGCAUCUUGUACCGCGCGAACAAGAACUUUGACGAGGCCAUCAAGGCCUACAAGUUCGCCCUGAAGCUCGAGCCCGAUUCCCACCAAAUCCAGCGAGACCUGGCCGUGCUUCAGAUCCAGAUGCGCGACUACCCGGGCUACAUCCAGAGCAGGCUCCUCAUGCUCAAGUCGAGACCUCAGCUACGUCAGAAUUGGACGGCCCUUGCCAUCGCGUACCACCUGGAUGGGAACCUCCAGCAGGCCGAGAACAUUCUCACCACCUACGAGAAGUCCGUGACGACUGCUCCUUUGAGGACCGACCUCGAGAACUCGGAGGCGCUCCUGUACAAGAAUUCAAUCAUUGCCGAGAUGGGAGAUUUUGAACGGGCCUUGGAACAUUUGGAGACGGACUGCAAGAACUGCCUGGACCGAUUAGCAGUGAUGGAGCUUCGAGCGCGCUACCUAACACAACUUGGCCGAAAAGAGGAAGCCGCAAAAGCAUACCGGGCUUUGUUGGAUAGGAACGCCGAGCAUCCGGACUACUACAAGGGCCUGGUUGACGCGUUGGGAACAGCGCCUGACGACGAGGUCGCCCGCAAGGCCGUGUAUGACGAGUACGCCGCCAAAAACCCCCGCUGCGACGCUGCGAAGCGCCUUCCAUUGGACUUCCUGUCUGGCGAACGCUUCCGCACAGCUGCCAAGGCGUACUUGACCCUGAUGUUUGACAAGGGAGUCCCCUCGACCUUUGCUAACCUCAAACACUUGUACUCGGACCCCUUCAAGAAGGAUACUUUGCCAGACUUAGCUGAGGAGUACUUGAGGGAGCGGAGUGGCACCACACAUACGGAUGGGCAAACGAACGGCGAUAGCUCAAAGGGCGAAGGUGCAGCCCUGUACUUUUUGGCGCAGCACUACAACUAUCACAUGUCGCGCGAUCUCUCUAGGGCCACCGAGUUUGUCGAGAAAGCUAUUGAGCUGGAUCCCCAAAAUGUCGACUUCCACAUGACCAAGGCCAGGAUAUUCAAGCACCAGGGUGAGAUUGCAAAGGCCGCUGAAGCAAUGGACUAUGCUCGCUCUUUGGACACGAAAGACCGCUACAUCAACUCCAAGGCUGCGAAGUACCAGCUGCGGAACAACGAAAACGAAAAGGCAUUGGCCACUCUCGGCUUGUUCACUCGAGCUGAGACAGUUGGAGGUCCCCUGGCCGAUUUGACAGACAUGCAGUGUAUCUGGUUCCUGACCGAGGACGGCGAGGCGUGGCAGCGGCGGGGCAAUAUUGGCCUCGCCCUCAAGCGCUACCACACCGUCUUUAACAUUUUUGACGUCUGGCAAGAGGACCAAUUCGACUUCCACAGCUUCUCCUUGCGCAAGGGCCAGAUCCGGGCGUACAUUGAGCUGAUUCGUUGGGAAGACCGCCUCCGGGAGCACCCCUUUUACUUUCGGGCAGCGCUGGACGCCGUUAACCUCUACUUGUCGAUGCAUGACAAACCUCAGAAUGGCACUAAUGGUGCGGAUGGUAGCCAUUCGAACGGCGACGAUACUGUUGAGAGGAAAAAGGCGGCCAAGAAAGCCAAGAAGGAGGCUCAGAAGGCCGAACGCGAGGCUGCCGAGAAGGCCGCCAAACAGGACCCAAAUAAGAAGAGCGCGGACGGCGAGGAGGCAAAGAAGAAGGAUGACGAUCCAAACGGGCUGAAGCUAGCCGCCACGACGGAUCCUCUCGGGGAUGCCAUGAAGUUCCUGUGGCACCUGCUCCAGUUUAGCCCUAAAAACAUCGAGGGCCAGAUUGCCGGUUUUGAGGUCUUCAUCCGUAGGGGCAAAUACCUCUUGGCCCUGCGCUGUCUAAAGGCGGCACUUGCGAUCAACAAGGACCACCCGAAGAUUCUGGAGCAAGCGGUGAGGUUGCGAAAGGCCUUGGACGGCGCUAUUGGCUCGCUGGCGCAAAAAGUAAAAGAAGUCAUUGAGUCGGAGCUUGCUGCUGUGCCCGGGGCUUAGGUGUUCUCGUGGCUCGCAUACAAGCUCUAGCCGCGAAUUCAGGCAAUCACGAGCUCUGUAACUUCGUGCAAGUUUGCCGCUGGUUUCUCGAUGCAGAACGACGGGGAUCGGGACAACGGGGUCAUGGCAUCAUGCUGUCUUUAGGGAGUGUAAAACAACAAUAAAAAAGGAGGCAUCGCACAAUCAAGACGGUGGACUCG